AUGGCAACUGUUCAUUCUUCAUUAGUUCAGUUAUGGAGUGAUGAUAAUACAUGUAUUUUACUUUUUGAUGCUAAAUAUGAUAAACUUCAUAGAAAACCUAGUUUCAAUGAAACAAAUGAUGAAAUGGAAGAUAAUGUUGAGAUUAGUGCAUUAAUGUAUUUUGAUAAUACACUUUGGGUUGGAACUGUUGAUGGAUAUUUAAUGUUAUAUGAAGUUAAAGAAGGAGAACAUGUACCUUCAGUAAAAAAAAUAUCAUCUGAAACAUGUGAGAAAGAUGAAACAUCAGAAAGUAAAAUAAAAUAUCCUACAGGAAAACGAAUUUCUCCUGAUUUUAAUUUAGAAGAGUAUACUAAUAUGCCAUAUCAUAUGAAAAAUAUAUGUUAUAUUCCAACAAAAGAUGAAAUAACACAAGUUGAAGCUAUGAGAGAAGAUGAUUUAAUAAAAAAUGAUGAAAGAACAACACGUUUUAGUGUUUCAAUUGAACCAUUUGAUAAAGAUUGCUUUUCAAAUAAUUCUGAAAAACGACAAAGAAAAACAACAAUUAUUGGAAGUACAUUUAAAUUACAUGAAGAAAAUGAUGAAGUAUAUAAUAAUUAUAAAAAACGACAAACUGUUUUAAGUGUAAAAAAAUGCUGUAAUAUAAAACCAGUUUCUUCAAAUGGUUCUAUUGGUCAUAGUGAUGAUACAUAUUCAAGAACACCCAUAUUUCGUAAAUAUAGUCAUGUAAGAACAUCAAAUAAUAUGUCUAAUGAAUGUGAUAUUGCUUCUCCAUCAUGUUUUUCUAAUACAAAUCAAUCACAAGAAUUUGAUGAUCUUUUUGAAAUAUAUUCUGAUGAAGAUUCAAGUCAUUUUACUGAUACAAAUGGUCUUGCAGUUGAUUAUCUUGCUGAAAGAACACCAAUAAAUAAAACUGUAAAUAUAUCAAGGCGAAAAUUAUCUAGAUGUCCACGAUCUAUAGAUACAAGUGAUUUUAUAUUACAAUCAAAAAUAUCAGAAGCUUCUGAUGACGAAGAAAAUAUGUUAAAUCAAACACAUUUACGUAGAAAGGACUUGGAAUUUGAAGAUAAUCGUAAACCAUCAUCAAUACAAGAUCGAAAUAUACAUCUUGAAUUAUUAAUGAAAUUAAAGAUAUCUGAUGAAUCAAUACAAAGUAUUAUUGCUAGUAAGGCAAAUGAAGAAGAUAUUGUUUUAACAGGAACUGGGAAAUAUAAUACAAGUGAGGAAGCACUUCUAAUAUGGAGACAAGAACCAGCAACUAAACUUUGGAUAAAUGACCCAAUUGAAGAUAAAAGCUUAACAAAAAUGCUAAUGAAUAAGAAAUCAUUUCGCUUUGCAUUUCUACAACCAUCUGCAUCAUAA